CUAAAUGUCAAGACACCAACAAAAUAAAUAUAAAAUCCUAUUGAACUUCAACAGUAUAUUACGCUCAAAAAUCAACUCACAGUUGAUUAUUAAUUGAAGAAGUGUAUACCUAAGCUAUGCUUAUAAUUUAUUAUCAAAAUUAAAAAGAGUUAAGAAAAUCGUCCAUACUAAAUAAUAAAUAUGAAUGAAGAAUCAGAUCCCAUACAUCAUAGAUCGAAUUUUUCCAGUGUUACAGAAACUAGAGGUACUAGAAACUUAAAUUUGAUUAAUAGCAAGUCCACUGCAAAGAAAUUAAUCAUAAAGAAUUUAAAAACCCGGCCAGUGCUUCCUCCUGACUACCAAGAGCAAACAUGGAAAAAAUUGGAAAGUGCUAUAUAUGCAAUCCAACGGUCUGUAUCAAAUGAAUACUGUUUAGAGGAACUGUAUCAAGCAAUUGAAAACCUGUGCAAUCAUAAAAUGGGUCCAAUUUUGUAUGAUCGCUUAUAUAAUUUGACUGAAGCCCAUGUUUCCACUAACAUUGAACAAUUUUUAUCAGAAUCAAUGGACAGUUCUUUGUUUUUACAGAAAAUGAAUGAGCAAUGGUUGGCUCAUUGUAACCAGAUGAUGAUGAUUAGAAGUAUAUUUUUGUAUUUAGAUAGAACAUAUGUUCUCCAAAACCCCAAUAUUGUUCCCAUUUGGGAUAUGGGUUUGAAGUUAUUUAGUAAAUACAUUGUUUUAAAUAGACUUAUACAAACCAGGUUAGUAGAAGGUCUGCUGAUGUUUAUUAAAAAAGAAAGACAGGGUGAUACAGGUAACAAAACACUACUGAAAUCUCUACUAAAUAUGUUAACUAAUUUGCAAAUUUAUGACAAUAUCUUUGAACAAAAGUUUUUGCUGUCAACUGAACAUUUUUAUGGAGCAGAAGGUCAAAAAUUGAUACAGGAACUAGAAGUUUCAAAUUACUUGAUUUAUGUUGAUAAAAGAAUUAAGGAAGAGAAAGAAAGGGUUAUUAAUUAUUUGAAUUCAAGAACUGAAUUCCAACUAAUUCACAUAGUUCAAAAACAACUGCUUGGUGAACAUGUAACCAUUAUACUACAAAAAGGUCUUGAUCAAUUAUUAAAUGAAAAUAGAAUACACGAUCUAUCUUUGUUGUAUCAGUUAUUGGGCCUUGUGAGUAAUGGACAUGUGGAGUUGUGUAACCAUUUUAAGAUAUACAUUAAAAAGAAAGGAAAUUCUAUGGUUAUAGAUACUGAAAAAGAUAAAACCAUUGUACAAGAAUUACUAGAUUUUAAAGAUUCACUAGACAAUAUAGUCAAUGUAUGCUUUGAUAAAAGUGAUAAGUUUAACAAUGCUCUUAAGGAAGCCUUUGAAUAUUUUGUUAAUCAGAGAACAAAUAAACUAGCUGAACUUACUGCAAAAUUUGUUGAUUCUAAGCUACGUGCUGGGAACAAAGCUGCUACAGAAGAAGAAUUGGACUUACUUUUAGAUAAAACAAUGGUUCUUUUCCGUUUUAUUCACGGAAAAGAUGUAUUUGAAGCCUUUUACAAAAAGGAUCUGGCUAAAAGACUUCUUGUAGGCAAAUCAGCAAGUGUAGAUGCUGAAAAAAGUAUGCUUAGUAAAUUGAAGCAAGAAUGUGGUGGAGCUUUUACUUCAAAAUUAGAAGGUAUGUUUAAAGAUAUGGAACUUAGCAAUGAUAUAAAUUCUUCUUUUAAAUUUUACCUGAAAAGCAGUGAUCUACAUUUAGCUCCCAUAGAUAUGACAGUGAAUAUUCUUACAAUGGGCUUCUGGCCAACAUAUCUAACUAUGGAUGUUAUCUUUCCAGAACAGUUCACAAAAUUCCAAGAUACAUUUAAUAAUUAUUAUUUGAGUAGAUACAGUGGAAGAAAACUCCAAUGGCAACCUGCUUUGCAUCACUGCAUAUUGAAAGCAACCUUUAAGACUGGCAAAAAGGAAUUAGUUGUAUCAUUGUUCCAAACUCUGGUAAUUUUGUUGUUUAAUGAGGAUGAGGAAAUUAGUUUUGCAGACAUAAAAACAGCUACAAAUAUAGAAGAUGGGGAGUUAAGAAGAACUUUACAAUCUUUAGCUUGUGGAAAAGUGAGAAUCUUAAAUAAAAUUCCAAAAGGAAGAAACAUUGAAAAUAGUGAUAAGUUUAGAUUGAACAAUGAAUUUUAUAAUAAAUUAUUUAAGAUAACUAUAAAUCAAGUUCAAAUUAAAGAAACAGCAAAAGAACAAAAAGAUACUGAAGAGCGAGUAUUCCAAGAUAGACAAUAUCAAAUCGAUGCUGCAAUUGUUCGUAUAAUGAAAAUGCGAAAAGCACUAAGUCAUAAUUUGCUAAUUAGUGAACUAUAUGCUCAACUUAAGUUUCCUGUGAAACCAGCUGACCUAAAAAAGUGUAUAGAAUCACUUAUUGACAGAGAGUAUAUGGAACGUGACAAGAAUAAACCAAAUGAAUAUAACUAUGUAGCUUAGGAAAUUAUGUUUUAUUAUAUUUUUGUUUGACUUCUAUACUUGUAAAUUUUGUGUUCUCUUGAUAAAAUUAUUCAACAUGAACUAUACAAAAUACUAAAUACAUCCAUUGAAAUUUGAAGUGUUUCUUUAUAAAAAUUUGCUUCUGUUCAGCUAUGUAUCAAUAUAUUCUGGGCAAAUAAAAAAAUGUAGAAAA